UUCCUUAGAUAAAGCUUUAUAUUGCCUCCUUCCCCAUCCAUACUCUCCUGGACAGGUGUCUCUCUGGCAUAUACUUCUGUUUAGUCACAGAAUGGAUCCCAUUACUGUGUGGACAUAGCCUAAUCUUUAGGAGUAUUUUCAGACCUCGUUAGGCUAAACUGGAUCUUUACAAACCUCGAGAUAGUGUUAGAUGUUUCUGAAUUUAAAUGCAUCUAGUUAAAGAGAGAUGCAUAAGUGGUAGUUGAGAUGAGAGAGGCUUUAUUAUCAUAAUAAAUGAGAUUCUCAACUACUCUAUUUAAUUGGAUUUGUGGGCCUCUAUUGAAGGGACUCAGGUGUUACUUCUGAUAGUUUCAGAGAUCUAACUGGAGGUGGUGGUUACAUGCAAGGCCUUAACAUCUGUACUAUCUCUCUAGCCUUCUCUAUCUUAAGACCCUACUAAGUACUCCCUUAACACCUGUACGUUUCUCCAAGUAUUAUCUUAACGCCUCUACUAUCUCUGCAGCCUUCUCUGAGUACUCCUAAUUUUUCUUGAAAACUGCCUGCUAUAUAGUUAUUUUCAUCCCCUUUUUACGUCAGCGAUUUAUAAUGUUAACUAUUUUAUUGGAGGGGAGGAUCAUUCCCUAACCCCUGCAAUUCUCAGCAACUUUAAAGGACCUCUUCUUUCAAGCGCAGGACGCCCCAUUACUUUUUUUUUUUUAACAUUCUAUUUCUGGUUUAUAGUGAUAAGGUGUAUCCCUCCACAACCAUUACUCAAGGAGAAUUUAAGCCUUGGUAGUAAUAAGAGGCAUAAAAUCUCGCAUAUAUGACUAACAAAAAAGUCACUCUCUUUCUUAAGAAGAAAGCAAUUUGCACGUUGAUACUGAUUAUACACACACAGUCGCUCGACAUUUUAAGGUACAAACUUCGCAAAAACUGUUCAAUUUGUUUUCUUACUUUUGACUUUUCACGAUGAUAAAAAAAAAAAAAAACAGAAAAGUCUGGGUUUGGGGCAAGGGGAGGAAAAUCUGCUAAGAAUGAAAAGAUUUCAUUAAAAAAAAUCUGGGUCCGGGUUUUCCCAAGUUGUUUCAACCUGUGGGGAAACCUCAGCACCGAGUCCUUAAACUCAUCAAUUCACCGGGGAUAGCCCAGACGGACGAGCCACCUUCAGGGGCUCCUAAGCCAACUUCUCCCCGGGAAAACACAGAUGUGCUUCUAUAGCCCAAAGGGCGGACUGUCCGCAGCACGCGCGGGGAAGCAGGGCGAGGAGCAUCCCUGCCUAAUGGACGGAGAAACAGAAAUCAAACCCCCAGUCCAAGGCGAUGUUGAGGUCCAGUGAGGGGAUUCAGCUGCCCUCUCUCUCGGAACGCGGUCUGAUGAAUGCCCCAGCCCUCUCCUUCAGGUCCCUGGGGUCUGCAGUCCGGGAACAAACAUCUGUUCCCACGGAAUCCCGCAGGCCAGGGGCCCCACUCCCCCCGCUGGAGCCAAAGGGGAGGCCCCGUGACGCGGGAACCGCCCCCGGCCCACAGCAAAGUUCAGGUCGUGAGCCCCCAGGAGGCAGCGGGGCAGCGACUUCGGCGGAAGCCGCGCACAGCCGCCCUCCCCCAGGCCGGGUUCAAAGGGCACCGGCCGGCGCGCCCCCCGCCCCCGCCCCCGCCACGUGGGCCCGUCCGGCCGCGUCGCGCGAGACUAGCGUCCGGCCCGCUUCCGACCGUGCGAGCAGUUCAGCUUCCGGGGCGCGGCUCAGCUCGGGGCCUGGUCGGCCGCGGCGCUCCUCGGGCCCAGCGGCCUGCGGAGGCCAGGAUGGAGGACGUCGGGCCGCCGCUGGCGCCGGUCGGCGAGGCCGAGCUGAAUUUGUCCCGCCUCAGCGUGUCCCCGGAGACGCUGGAGUCCGAGCUGGAGUCGCGGGGCGAGGAGCGGCGCGGCGGGCGGGAGGCGCUGCUGCGGCUGCUGUUGCCGCACAGCCGUCUGGUGUCGCUGCCGCGGGCGCUGGGCAGCGGCUUCCCGCAUCUGCAGCUCCUGGACGUGAGCGGCAACGCGCUGACGUCUCUGGGGCCUGAGCUGCUGGCGCUGAGCGGCCUGCGCACGCUGCUGGCCAAGAACAACCGUCUCGGCGGGCCCGGCGCGCUGCCCAAGGGCCUGGCGCAGUCCCCGCUCUGCCGCAGCCUCCAGGUGCUCAACCUCAGCGGCAACUGCUUCCAAGAGGUGCCCGCCUCGCUGUUGGAGCUGCGCGCCCUGCAGACCCUCAGCCUGGGCGGCAACCAGUUGCAGACCAUCCCGGCCGAGAUCGAAAACUUGAGGAGCUUAGAAUGUUUAUAUCUCGGAGGAAACUUCAUCAAAGAAAUCCCACCAGAACUGGCAAACCUACCUUCAUUAAAUUACUUGGUAUUAUGUGACAACAAAAUCCAAAGUGUGCCACCUCAGCUUUCACAGUUGCAUUCCCUUCGUUCUCUCAGUCUUCACAAUAAUUUACUGACAUACCUGCCUCGAGAGAUCCUCAACCUUAUUCAUUUGGAAGAAUUGAGUUUGCGAGGAAAUCCUUUGGUUGUUCGUUUUGUUAGAGAUUUAACCUAUGACCCUCCAACUCUCCUAGAAUUAGCUGCACGGACCAUUAAAAUUAGAAAUAUUUCCUACACUCCUUAUGAUCUUCCUGGGAACCUUCUUAAAUAUUUGAGUUUAGCCAGCAAUUGCCCAAACCCAAAAUGUGGAGGAGUGUACUUUGACUGCUGUGUCAGACAGAUUAAGUUUGUGGACUUCUGUGGGAAGUAUCGGCUCCCACUAAUGCACUACUUGUGUUCUCCAGAGUGUUCUUCCCCCUGCAGUUCUGCCUCUCACAGCUCUACAUCCCAGAGCGAAUCUGAUUCAGAGGAUGAAGCUAGUGUUGCAGCACACAGAAUGCAGAAAGUUCUUCUUGGUUGAAAAGAGUGCAAGAUUGUAUGAAACUCGGUGGGUGGGUGGGUGAGGCGGGGCACGUAAACACUAGGAGGUUAGAAAAUAGACUUUGACAUUCCCUAGAAACCUUGUAUUCAUUUGAAUGUUUGUGAAAAAUAUUAGAGAUGGUAUAAAAUAUUUUAUAUUUUUUCUGUCCAUUCAGCAGGCAUUAGUUCAGUUUUAUGUUUGGAUUUUAUGAAUAUAAUUCACUCUUUAGUCCAUUUGAAAUUGGAUAGUUUCUUAUUUCCCUUCCAGUUUUGCAUGAAAUGAGGCAGCAGAAUGGAAUGUUUUGAAGGGCAAUGCUAUAACAAACCAAUGAGUGAUAAUAACAUAGAUGAGAUGAAGAAAUAAUCAAAACAUUAUCAAAGCAAAAUUAUUGUCUUUGGGUUUAGGUUUAAGUUGAACAUUGUAGCAGAUUAGCCCUUCCUUAUUACCCAUAAUUUUUUUGUGUUUUUAAAACUUCCAUUCUCCUUUUAUCUGUAUGAUUGUUGUUGUCCUCACUGAAUCCAGCAGACUAUCACUAUGCUUUCAUCCUAGCAAGGGUUUAGAAUUUAUUCCAGAAUCUAUGCAGAACACUAAUGUGUUAACAGAACUGAGUAACAACUGUAUGUGAAAUCUGAGCUCACAACAAUCUUAAUUUGGGGGUGGGGGGUUGCUACGGAUGAAAUAAGAAAUCUGUACUUGAGACCCCAGUCUUGAACAUGUCUUUUAGCAGAAGAUGUAGUAGUCACUUUUUGAUAGAAACAUCUCAUAUUUCUUUUGACAGGAAAUAUUGUAAGUUAGAAAAACCUCUUUGUAUCUUUGGGAAAUUAUUUUUAAAUUUUUGACAAUAGAAUGUGACUCUCUUAGCUGUGUGUACUGGACUGUAACCUAUAUUUAAAUGCAAAACUAGAAAAACAUUACAAGUUAAGUUGGAAACAGUGAUUAGUGUCUGUACAAUUUCCAAAAUUAGUUUAACACCAUAGAAUACAUACUAGAAAGUUUAUUGAUAAAAAUUAUAUUAGGGUGGGUGUGUUAUUGGCCCCUCCUGACAGUACUCAGGUGCUGUUCCUGGCUCUGUUCAGGAGUCAUCCCUGAAAGGGGAGGGGAGGAAGAGUGGAGGCAUGGGAAGGACACAACAAUAUGCAAUGCCAGAGAUUGAACCCAAGUCAGCAACAUGCAGGGUGGGUAUCUUACUAUCUCUGGCCCUGAUAAAAUGUUUUUAGAUGUUAAAUAUAUUCUCAUUUUGUUAACCAUUUUUCUGCUGUAUUUUUUCGUUGCUAUUAGAUGUGACCAACUUUUAUUAAUUGGCUCUGCACUAAAAGUGAAAUAAUAGUGUAACUCUUAAGUAGGUAUAUAUUUGUCAUUCUGUAAUUAGUGUUUAAUGAUGAUUUGUUGGUAAAUUUUACUUACACAGUAAGUACAGUUCCAAAAGGCAUUGGAACCUCAGAUGUUCUCCCUUCUUCCUCGGUUUAGACUAGAAACAGCAUUUCUUUAAAACAGAUUGUUGUAAUCAUUUGUAUGUGUGUUAGGGUUUUUUGUAUAUGUAUUUUUUUAUUUUAGUAGAAAAUAUACUGUAGGAUAGUUUGUGUUUUAAAUGUUCAUGAAACAUGAGAGUUUCAUGACUGCAGUCGUGGAACGCUGCUAUGAUGUAAAUACCUUCACUUUUUAUAAUAGAGUGAGAUUCCUCUUUCCUUUAGAUGAAGAAUAUUUCUGUGUAUAUAUGAGUAACCUAGUAUGUUUUGUUGCCUUGCAAAAUAUUAGAUAGAUGAAUAUAUCAUAAAAUGGAAGUAAUAGAAAGUCUUUUUCAUUUGAGUCCCAGCAAGCUGUACACUGUAAAAUUAGGAGAGUUUUGUUAGAUAACUUGGGUCGGGUCUUAAAUGCUAAGCCAAUAUAAUUUCUAAAGUAAGUGAUGUUUUUGGUUAAGAUUGGGAAAAUAUUUUUCAUGGAAAGAUAAGGAAUGUAUUCAUUGACAUAAAUUUAUGAGAACAGAUUUUGCUGACCUAGAUUUCACAGUUUAAUUCCUAAUUCAUUAUUAGCCUGACCUAAGUUACAAUUUGGAUAAUUUUCUAGAAGUUAUUAGUCUUCAUGAAAUAAGUGAGGUGGUAGGUGUGUAAAUAUACUUAGCCUAACUCAGAAAAAAGGUAUAUGACUGAUCUUUUACAUAUGUAAAUGGUUCCAACUAGAAACAGCUUUUAGCUUUUGUUAAUACAAUGAAGAUAUAUACCUUAGUGUAAAACUAAAUGUCUUUAAACAAAUUGAUAACAGUUCUCUGUAUAUACAUUUAAAACUGAAGUCAGUAUACAGCUGUCUUUGAACUACAUUUUAGCUCUUAGUGUUACCUUUUUUAAAAUCUUUGAUCUAAUCUUUUUAUAAGAGCUGCUAUUUCUGAGAACUUUCUAGUUUCUCCCCCCACCCUCUUUUUUAAUUAGUGAUUGUAGAAAUUAGCCAAAUGGUAGGGAACUGAAUCGUUUCAGAAUCAUGUAGCUGAUGGGGGGUGGGGGGGGGCAGAGGUCCCAUGGGCUGUGUCCACACCUAGUGUUGCACAGGGACUAUACCUGGCUCUGCCCAGGGAUAACCCCUAACCCCUGGCAGUGUCAGGGGACCUUAUUUAGUACAGGAAAUUCAAGAUAGGAAUCAGCAGCGCGGAGGGCAAGUACCUAAUCCCCCUGUACUAUCUCUAUCCCCUAUUUUGUGUUUAAAGUGAUAGUCUUAUCUUUUUAAUUGCUAAGUUACAUAUUUGUAUUGGAACUACAUUUAGUUUAAUAUUGUUCUACUUGGACAAUUCCUAAUGAUAAAACUUUUGUGGAUAAAACUACUUGACCAAAAGUGUUAUGUGUUUAUAAUGGAAUUCUUGAGAGAUGACAUUUGAGAUGGUUAAAUUGACAUUUUGGCUAAUUUUUAUUACUAGAAUUCAGUUCUCAGUGUCACCAACCAGAGAUGGUGAGACAGUUCUAGUGGAUUAGGCAAUAGGAAGACUAGCUAAUGCAAUAUUUUGCUUCUGUGGUGCCAGGGAUUGGCUGGUCUAAGUAUGGUAGUCAGAGUUGUAUGUGUGGGGAGGUAGACCUGAGGGUAACUAUAAGUUUAGAAGGGAAAUACAUGAUUUCAAUGUGUCCUGGAUAAGUCUCUUCUAAAAUUCAUACUUAAAACUUUGUCACCAAAUUUAAAGGUAAAGACUUCCAUUAUAAAUUGUGCCUCAAGCUUGAGAAAUUUUUGUGUUAAUGUAAAAAGUCAGAAGCAGCCCACAUUGGUUCAGUGUAAUACUGUAGAAUACAAAUCAUUAUAAUAACAAUUUUAAACAAAAGGAACAUGGGCUGCUGAUGUAUUAAAUGAAAGAAAUAUUUAAAACAACAGGGCAAAAUUGUGAAGUCACCCGACCCUCAGGGAUGUCCCUGAGCCUAGAAAGCCCUUUAAGUUUAUAGUUGUUUUAAAGUUCACUGGCCCACUUGCUACCACCAGAAUUUAUUCAGUUUCCCCUAUGGGGACAUUGAUGAGAUCCUUCCAUAAUGAAGGGCCAAUACCUCAUUAACCUAGAAUCUGUGGUUAAUGUUUACCUUUUCACUGUAAAAAUGAGACAACACUAAGCAAAUAGUUUGAUUUGUUAAAGCAUUUUAAUGGUAGCUUUUCACCUAAAAGUUACUCUAAAUAUUAUGUCUGACUCUUUGUAAGCAACAUUAUUAGGCACAAUGUUAUGUGAAAUACAUUUUGUUACUUUUGAGAUAGUUUAAUAGUAAUUUGAUGCAUGUAAUAAUUUUCUACUUUCAUUAUAAUCAUACUCGUUUAUUUUUGAGUUUUAAGACUUUAUCCGGCAGUGCUCAGGGGCUAUUUCUUGUUGUGUGCUCAUGGUUCACUUCUGGUGGUACUUAAGGGAUCAUAAGCAGUGCCAGGAAUUGAACCAGUAUCAGCUGUAUGCAAGGUAAACACCUUAACCUGUGUACUAUUCUCCAGCCUCCAUACUCAAAUUUUUUUUUAAGAUAGCAGUGUCAUCAGUUGUGCUCAGCAUUUGUGUGCCUUAAGAUACUCCUCUUAAGACCCAAAGUUUGGGGUGCCGUGUUAAGUUCUUUGUGACAGCCUCAUUUCAUAGCCAUUUAUUUAUUUGCAUUUGACAAGGGGAAAAGUUGGGGAUUUUGAGGAACUCCUCCUCCAGAACAUCUGUGGGUGGAUGGAGGGCUUCUGGAGAGGGAGCCCCGAUUAUGUGUGCUGUUAGAGAAGGGCAAAGCCCGUAAGGAUAAGAGUUCCUGAAAUCAGCGAAAGGCAUUUUUUUCCCUUUUCUUUUUUAAACUAUUGUAUUUCCACUAAGGAAUGGCAAGUUCUUUAGCAGCUUUACAUUAAUAGCAUCAUAACAGAUAUUGCUCUAAGUCCUAGCAUAGUUUUUCAUAUUUUUGUUUUAAUUUUUUUUUGUGUGUAAGUUUCUGGUAUUUUUCUAGCUCCACUAAUACUUGCUAAGAAUUGAUGUAGAAAAUAACAGUUCACUAACAAACACAGGGUAAUACUAAGUUGGGUGCUACUAGACUUUUACCUAACAUUGAUCAGUCUCGGAUUCUCAUAAGAGACAGUAUUCAAUCUAGUAAGUAGUAAAGUUUAGUGAAGGUUGCUUAUAUACCAUUGUGCCAGAAAGCCUUGACCUCUGUUCAUCAGAAAUUGUCUGGGAAUAAGUUAAAUAGGAUGUUUUAUUCUAAAUUCUAGUUAGGGUAAGAAACUGAUGAUUGACAUUGUUAUUGCUGGUAAUAAAUUCAUUUAACUGGCUACUUUGAUACUUUAUGGAAUCCUUGCACUGUGUCAAAUGAUUGACAUAAUGUUAUUGAGAGAGUAUAUUGACACUCAAUCACUUUAUAGCAAUUACAAAUUGUUAUUGACACAAAUUCUGUGCCUAUUUCUGAUAUGUGUUUCAUGUCCAAGACCACUUUGUAUUCUUGUACAAAAGUGGGAGGAAUAUUCUAAAUAGCCAGUAUUUUAACUUUGGGACUUAUAAAACUUGAGAAUUUAGAUAUCAAAAAAAAUACUGAAAAUGUGCUUUUACUUUGGUUAAAUUACUUUUUAUUACCUGAUUUCUUAAUUUUUUUAAUUUGAAAUUUUUGAAUUAGGAAUACCUAUGCAUAGUUAAUACUAAUAAUUGUAACUCUAGUUAAACUUUGAUUCAAUAGUUAAACUUAUAGUAUCAAAUGUACAUAUAGUACUGGUAAAUGCAGUUUUAAAAAAUCUGUAUCACUGGUUCCGUAUUCCAGGCAUACAUAAAAAGCAGAAUGUGCUGUUAUAUUAAUUAAUCUUUGAAUUUUGCCUUAUCAGACAUUGUGCCUUGUUUUAUUGUUUUGUUGAUACCUGAUUUGAUAUUCCAGGAAAGUAACAGUGUUUUGUCUUAAUUUAAAGGUUUACCAAAAAAACUCUGAAAGUCUGUGUAAUGUUGGUAUUUGCUUAAUUACUUACUAUACUUUUGCUCGUUUGUUCAUUGUAUAUUUCAGUACAGGAGUACAUACAUUAUACAUAUAUUAGCAUUCAUACUCUUCUGCAUACAAGAGAUUAAAGAUGAGUUAGAGGGACCAGAGCAGUAGUGCAACUUGCCUUGUACAUGGCUGAUCUAGGUUCAAUCCCCAGCAACCCCUAUAGUCCCCAAGCCCUGCCAGGGUUAGUGAAGAGCCAAGGGUAAAUCCUGAGCACUGCCAGGUAUGGCCCAAAAACAAGGAAAUAAGAUGAGUUAGAUUAGGGUUCCUCUGUUUCCUUAGUCUAAACAGACAUAUAAUGGACACUAAUGAAAUACAUUGUUGAGGUCAUUUUGCUUACUAAGAUUAAUUGCUUUUUGCACUUAGUCCAGAAUCAAAUAUCCUUACUUAACCUAGAGUAGUAUUUGUAGUACUAAGUACAUUGAUAUUAUAGUACUUUAUAUUUUCUGUAGUGUCAUUAUUUGGGUGAUCCUAGUUCACCUGUUAUCUUUCUAUAUUCCAGAAUUUAAAAGAUUAUUGUGGUUUUGAGUUGAGGUAAACAAAGUAGAUAGGAAAGACACAUUUACAGGUUAUCAUAGCGGAGAUAGAAACAAGCUUGUAAUUCUUACAUGACAGAAUAUAGUAUUUACCAUAUAUGACAUAGUAAAUGCUGUAUAAUUAGUAUAUAGAAAAAUUUCUUAAUGAAGAUAGACUCAGAGUAUAAGAGAAGAAGAGAAGAAAUCUUGGUUGUAACUUUUCUGAGAAUAACUUCCUUAACCUGUCUUGUUGGAUAUUUAGAAAAAAGUGUCAUAAGAAAACUUCUUUACUCUUAAAUAGGACACAGGAAGUCAGAACACUUUGGAAGAUAAGAUAUAAACUUGUACAUCUCUCAUCAGUCACACCAGUAACUGCCAGUUUCAUGAGCAUUUUACAGUUUCCCCUAGUAUGUUAGAGCUGAGAAAGAUUUAGAGAAAUCUAAAUCUAAGCUUGUUUGAGAGAUGAAAGAAUUAUGUCAAGUCAUAGAAAGAUUGCACUCAUAUGUGGAAUAUAAAGUAGCUGAGAGGUACAAGCUUGCAAUGAUGCAAUUUCUGGCAGAUAUUUCUCUGGACUUAGUUCCUAAAAUACAGAAAUCCAAAACUGUGUGGCCGCUAGUGCAGCCGCUUGACCUCAUAUCUCUCAUUCUCAGCAAUGGAAAACAAAUUAUCAAAUGCUUCCUUUUCAGCAGGUCUGAUUCUAGUGGGGAAACUCCAAAGAAUAAUAGUGAGUUUUUUGUUGAAAUAUUGAAUGUAAUCAAAGUAAAGUGAAAGUAAAGUGAAAUUUAUCAGUUACACAGGCGGGGUGGGGGGCUGGGGAGGUGGGGGGUUGGGGGGAAGGUAUACUGUGAUUCUUGGUGGUGGAAUAUGCACUGAUGAAGGGAUGGGUGUUCGAGCAUUGUAUAACUGAGACUUAAACCUGAAAGCUUUGUAACUUUCCACAUGGUGAUUCAAUAAAAGAAUAAAUUUUUUUUAAAAAAUUAUGUCAAGAGACUUACCUGUCCAAGACUCCGCAUGGCUGAAUCUUGAAUCCAGGUCUCUGGAUUCCCACAUCAAUGAUAGUAUUAAUUUGUUGCUUUAUUUAAUACUCAUAACAAUUAGAUAGUCCAGUGUCCUUGCUUUUCUUCACUUCCUAAACUGAAAUUUUUUAGGGAAAUUGCUCUAUUGAGGCCAACUUCAACUGAAGGUUAAUUUUUUGCUGAGUUGUGGAAAACAAAAGCCGCAAACAGAUCACAUCGUUCAAAACAUUCAUGAAAGGAAGGUUUGGUCAUAUACUUUAGAUUAUAGCCACAAGGCAGGAGACAGCAGCUUUUCUUCUCAAGGUUUGCACUGGUCACUUUGACCCCAGAUAAACACAUGGGGUCAUCUUAAGUAGCAAUGUUAAAGAGGUGAAUUAUGCAGGUAGAUAUGAAUAUCUGCCUGGAAGAAAACAUCGUUAAUCCACAAGGAUUCCUUUAAUAGGAAACAAUUUAAUCCUCCUACACAUUUGUAUGAGUAUUCUGCAUAAUGUCUUUCCUAUUCUUUAUAAUUAUGCUAUCAAAGCACAUAAUUAUUUUACUGCUUCUGUCUAACAAUUUAAGACCUAUAAAUAGGUGAAAUGUUUAAAUGUAAAAGUAAAUGUAAUGUCAUGGAAACUUUAAGAAAAUUAAAAUAUUUUAAAAUUUGUUACUAUCGGUAUUUUCUUCCUACAAAUAAAGACUGGAUUUUAAAUGAUG